CAUUGGCAUUUCAGUUUGCCGGUUUUGUUGUUGGUUGUUUAAUUCAUAGAAAAAAUUUCGGCGUCUUCGUUGGAAAAAACAACGUGCUUGUAUACUAUUUUAAAUAAAUGUUAUAAAAUUAUUUAGGAUUUUUACGCUUAAACCAUUAGAAAUUCUAAUAAAUAAAAAUGCCAUACGUAUGUCUACUGCAAGAAGGCAUUUCAAAUUUGCCCAGUCAAAUUGAUAAAGCCCACCGUAAUAAUUAUUCCGUUGUGGCAGUACCACUCAAUUGCGUGGACAUGCCAUUGGAAUUUCAACGUGAACCCAUGAAAGAAAAACAAACGGAUUUUACGUAUUCGGAUCUCGUGCUAACAGCCGAUUAUUGGAAUGGCAAAAUCAUAACAUUACUAUCGGACACCAUUGACUGUGAUUCACAAGAUGAGGAGGUGCGAAAAAAUUCGGUGGAGAUAUUAAAACGUGAUAUUUCCUGGACUGAGCAUCUACAAUAUGGUGGUUACACUAUGAUGAAAUUGAAACAAAGAAACAAUUUAAAUUUAGCAACAGUUUUGACAAAUAAAUCUAAGGGCAUUAUGCUAUUACAAGUUCCUUUAUACAAUAGAGCGGUGGCUCAAGCAACCUGUCGUCGUGAUUUAUCUGAAGACGAAGUUUUAGCUUUAGAAACUGAAGACAGCUGGCACUGGUGGAAUCAUUUCCGCAGAGCAGCUGAUUUUAAUCCCAAACUAAAAGUUGUUCUAGAAUUUAACGAGGGAGAACGUCCCGAUCUAAAUGUUAUUUGUCGUUGGUUAGGAGAACCAGUUGAAGCUAUAAUCUUGCCUUCUACCAUGUUUAUAAGAAACCGUCAUAAUUUCCCGGUGCUUCCAAAGGCCUGGCAAGAGGUCUUAAAACUAUUUAUUCAGGCUCAUGCCAAUUUGAUGGUUUCCACAGAUACCGAUGAUGGUAGCCUAAAGAUGUACACCGAUUAUUUAAUUAAUUUUCGCGAAACGUUUAAGGAUUCGCAUGGUUUACAAAGCUAUGAAGACGUUUUGGAGAUACCUCUGCAACCUUUAUAUGAUAAUUUGGACUGCUAUACGUAUGAAAUCUUUGAAAAAGAUCCCGUUAAAUACAAACUCUAUCAGGAUGCCAUAGAAGCAGCCUUAAAAGAUCGUGUUAAGGAAGAGGAAAUUAACGAUAAAUUGACUAUUAUUAUGGUAUUGGGAGCUGGUCGUGGUCCAUUGGUUAGAUCAGCACUAAAUGCAGCAAAAAAUACCAAUCGUAAAGUUAGAGUUUAUAUCAUAGAAAAAAAUCCUAAUGCCAUUCGCACUCUAACAGCUAUAGCCAAGAAAUUAUGGCAUAAUAAUGAUGUACACAUUUUCUCCAAAGACAUGCGUGAAUUUUCGCCACCCGAACAGGCUGAUAUAUUAGUUUCAGAACUUUUGGGUUCUUUUGGUGACAAUGAGCUUUCGCCCGAGUGUUUAGAUUGUGCCCAAAAGCUAUUGAAACCCGAUGGCAUAAGUAUACCCUGUAAAUCGGUAUCGUUUAUAAAUCCCAUAAUGUCAUCGAAACUCUAUAAUUCCGUGCGUCAGGUGGUGCGUCGUGAGACAUUUACACGCGAAAAACAAUCCACUUAUCACACACAUGCCGAAAGCGGUUUUGUGGUAUUACUUAAGAAUAUAUACAAUAUUGACAAGACUAAAGCAUUAUUCGAAUUUGUCCAUCCAAAUCGUGAGGCUGUUAUUGACAAUAGUCGUUAUAAGGUAUUGAAAUUUGAAGUAGAUUUAGAUUGCGUUUUGACGGGUAUAGCGGGCUACUUUGAAUGUGUGCUCUACAAUGACAUCAUUAUGAGUAUUAAUCCACCAACUCAUACCAUAGGAAUGCCCUCCUGGUUUCCCAUGUAUUUUCCAUUUUCGGAACCUAUGGAUAUUAAAAAGGGUCAAACUAUUGAAAUACAUUUCUGGCGUUGUGUUUCAAAGCAACAGAUCUGGUAUGAGUGGUGUCUGGCCUCGCCCUAUACUACACAUAUACAUAAUUUGGGUGGUCGUUCCAGUCCAAUUUAUUGCACCUAAGCUAAGAAAUAAAAAUUAAGUUUACCAAGUAAAUACAAUUAAAGCUUUAUAGUUUUUAGUUCUUUUUACUUAUCGAUAUUCUUAAGUAUUCAGUUAUAUCUUUAUAAUUUUAUUGUACAGCUAUUGAUUGCUAAUUAGAAAUGAUUUUGUAUUGACCACAACUUUUUACUUUGCUAGUAAACUAAAUAUUUUAGCUUGUACUUUGAAAAAUACAUACAUAAUACAUACAAGUUUUUGACAAUAA